UAUAUCUGACAGAUCGAUUGGCAAAAACCAUCUCUGGUUCUUGGGAAAUUGUGGAAAAAGAUAAUGAGAUAACACCACCAGGUACUCCACCGCCGCCUUACUUAACCAAUUCACACAUGUCUGUACCAGAAGAGCCCAAUGAAAACUGUAGUGGAGGAGCAGGAAUAUGUAUAGAAUCGCAUCACUUUACUCCUAUGGCAGGGGCAACUUCAUCUUCGGCUCUUCAUUCUAGCCGUUUACAUGCAGCCCAAUCAUCUGACACUCAAAAAAAAAUUAUUUCAAUGGAAGAUGAAAAUUCGUCCGAUCAAGAAGAACCAUUUAUUGAUGAGAAUGGUCCAUUCAAUAACUUAACACGGCUGCUUGAGCCAGAAAAUGUAGUUUUUCUAGCUGUUUUCCUUAACUAUGUUUUAUCAAACUCCGAACCAGCGCCACUUCUUUUUUACUUAAUUACUGAACUUUAUAAGGAAGGUACUUCCAAAGACAUGCGAAAAUGGGCAUAUGAAAUACAUUCAACCUUUCUUGUACCACGUGCACCGCUUUCAUGGUAUCGGCAAGAUGAGUCUUUAGCUAGAGAAGUGGACAAUGUGUUACAAUCGGAAUUUGACAAAGUGGAAAUACUGAGUACUGUGUUCUUACGUAGUCGAAAACGCGCCAAGGACCUUAUUAGCGAACAGUUGCGAGAAUUUCAGCAAAAGCGUACAGCUGGUCUAGGUACAAUAUAUGGACCUACCGAUGAUAAGCUCGCUGAAGCAAAGGCCGACAAACAGAAGGAACAAAUUAUUGAUAAAUAUCUUAUGCCUAAUCUUCAAUUGUUAAUUGAAGAGUUUGAAAAGGAUUUGCCUCAAGAAGAUUCUCGAAAAUUAGCCUUGUGUUCUGCUCUUUCCACGGUUAUACAUCGCAUAUUUACAACACGCUCGCAUCCAAGCACUAUAGCGGAUCGUGUUCAUCAUUUUGUUAGUCGUGAAAAAAGUUUUAAAUCACGAUUAAUGGGUAAAAAUAGAAAGAUGAUAGCACGAGGUCAUCCGUUAGUAUUACGGCAAUAUUACGAAGUAACGCAUUGUAAUCAUUGCCAAACGAUCAUUUGGGGUGUGAGUCCCCAAGGUUAUCAUUGCACAGAUUGUAAAUUGAAUAUACAUAGACUAUGCUCAAAGGUUUUAGAAGAAAGCUGUCCGGGACCUCUUCCUCAAGCAAAACGACACCCGCAUAACGACAAUAAAAUUAGUAAAUUUAUGGGUAAAAUAAGGCCACGGACAAGCGAUUUUAUAGCAAAUGAAAAGCGCGCUCGCCAGGAAGACACAGACAUUGAUAUUACAGACAACGGUAAGUGUGUGUGGCCAUCACAUAUCUUUCUUUUAAUAUAUAUACAUUGGCCAAAUUAA